GUAAAGGUUUGGACCCUGAGCCACAGUGACUUUUAUGGCUGUUUUGCCAAACUCCAGGAAGCAGGAUGUGACCCUCAUCCCCCAGAACACUCACAUGACUGCUGAUAUUUUGCAGAACUCUCUUUCUCAGGACGAUUUUUCAGUUCAUCAGGAACUUCCCAUCAAACCCUCAUGGAGGAUAACAGCAGUCAACUGGAACUGAUAAUGUCUGAUAUGGAUGUGGAAACUGAGGGGAACAGAGGUGAAGAAAGUGUCACUGAUCACUUCCAUCAUUCCAUCAUCAGACCAAGCCAGCACCGUCUCAGGAACGUCUGUGUCAUGAUUACUGCUUCUCUUUUUAUAUUUGGCUUUGGAUCCUUGAUUGGCUACGUUGCUCAUACAAUGAGAGACGGAGACCAUCCAAGCUGCACAGAGUCUACUUCCUCUGAAGACAGGGUUCAGACAGAACCAAUCUUAGACUGGCACAGCAUUGUAUCCUUGUUAAAAAAUCAACUAAACACAAGCAGCAUUGAAAACAGUCUUAGUGAAUUCUCCAGUGCCAGUCAUCAGGCAGGAUCUUCAGGAGACGAUGUGCUCGGCGAGAAAGUGUGGAAAAAGUUCAUGGAUUAUGGUAUGAAGCCUUGGACCGAUUCGCACAUUGUUAGGCUUCAUGUCCGUCCUACAAACAGCACCAAUACAGUGAUGUUCCGCAAUAAAACGUUUCCUGAACCCGGCUUUUUGGCCUACAGUCCAACUGGAAGAGCACAGGGUGCAGUUCUAUAUGCACAUUACGGACAAACUGAGGACUUUAAGUCCCUACAAGACUUAAAUAUAAGCUCAGAUGGAAAGAUCGUCUUGAUCAGAGCUGGAAAAAUAAGUUUUGCGGAAAAGGUUGCUAAUGCUGCCAGUGUGAACGCAAGUGCAGUGCUGAUCUAUCCAGAUCCUGCUGAAUAUUCCUUUGAUGAAGAAACCAAUCUAUUUGGUCAUGUUCAUCUCGGCUCUGGUGAUCCGUUCAGUCCAGGUUUCCCGUCUUUCAAUCACACCCAGUAUCCUCCAGCUAAAUCCUCAGGCCUGCCUAGCAUACCUGCUCAGACCAUCAGUGCCAGUACAGCUGCAGCGAUUAUGAGGAAAAUGGGAGGUCAUGAUCCACCCCAUGAAUGGGCUGGCGGCGGUCUGAGAGAUGUAACAUACAAACUUGGUGGAGACGAUGACGUUGUCUCAGUGGAGGUCAACGACAAUCUCAGACUUACGAAGAUCUUUAACAUGUUUGGGGUCAUCAAGGGUUUCGUAGAUCCAGAUCGUUUUGUGGUGGUUGGAGCUCAGAGAGACGCCUGGGGGCCUGGAUUCGCUAAGUCAACAGUUGGCACGAGCUUGCUGCUUGAGCUAGCCCGAGUUAUCACUGAAAUGAUGAACAAAAAUGGAUUCAAACCCAGGAGGAGCAUCGUGUUUGCGAGCUGGACUGCUGGAGAAUACGGAGCUGUGGGCGCCACCGAGUGGCUGGAGGGCUAUUUGUCUUCUUUGAAUAUGAAAGCCUUCUCCUAUAUUAGUCUGGAUGGAGUUGUCACAGGUUCUGUUUUCCGAGCAAGUGCAAGCCCUCUGAUGUAUGACUUGAUCGAAAGUGCGUUGAAAGAGGUGUCUUCCCCAAGUGACCCUGGCAAGAGUUUGUAUUCGCAAGUGGCUGGAAAGAACUGGGAGGCGUCUGUAAUGGAGCCGAUGAGGAUGGAGGACCCCGCCUAUCCAUUUCAGACCUUUUCUGGUAUUCCAUCAGUGUCCUUCCAGUUUACUGCGAAUAAACAAUACCCAUUUUUUGGCACCAUGCUGGACACCAGAGAGAAUCUGGAAGCUCAGAUGUCUACAGGAAUGCUUGUGUUGGUCAAGGCAGCAGGCGAGAUGGCAGGGGUGAUGGUUCUUCGUCUGGUGCAUGACCACCUGCUCAGUCUGAACGUGGAGAAAUACAAGAACGUCAUGCGCAUACACGUAGGCAAAAUCAACAAGGAAGUGAUGCGUCUGGAAAAGUUCAGCCACCUCACAGAGCACGUGCAGACCCAGUGGUUGACGUCAGCUUUGGGUUCCUACAUUCGAGCUUCUAAUCGACUCAUCACCAGCAUACAAAACAGCGACCUUGAUGACCUUGAGCAAUGUCGCAUCAUCAAUGACCAGAUCAUGGGGGUGGAGAGGAAUCUUCUGUCUCCCUACGUGUCUCCCCGAGACACUCCGUUCAGACACAUUCUGCUUGGCUCUGGAUCACACACUCUGGGAGCUGUGUUCACACACCUGGCCUCCAUACACAACGGUACCGCAAGCAUAGACGCAGUUUUACUGAAUAAUCAGAUCGCUGCGGCUGCAUGGAUGAUCCAGAGCUGCGCCGGGGCGCUCGCAGGGAACGUGUGGGACGCGGAAAACGACCUUGAUUAAAAAAUAAUAAAUGAAUUGCACUAUUGCAACCAAAGGCAUUAUAAAAAGUGCCUCUGAUCAGGCACUUUCUUAUCACUAAAAACUGUUACAAAGUGUGUACCAUAUCGUUGACGGCACACAGGUUGGCACUGUUUGAAGAAUUAUCUGCUUUACUGUUCCCUGUGAAAACUUCAGAACUACUGUCAGACCUUUUGUUAUAAAAAAUUUAUGAGUCCUUUCUGACCAAUCAGAAAAGAGGAAUUUAAAAAAGCUUGUAUAUGAUGAUGAUCUGAAUAUCAUCCAGUGUGUCUGGGAUUACAUGAAGAGACAGAAGGAUUUGAGGCAGCCUGCAUAUACAGAAGAUCUGUGGUUAGUUGUCCAAAAUGUUUGGAACAACCUACCUGGUGUUCCUUCAAAAACUGUGAAAUUGUACUUCGAGGAAGAGGCAAUCACCGAAUACUGAUUUGGAUUUCUCUACUUUUCAUUUACUUUUCUUUUUGUUGAUUGAUAAAAAUAAAGUAUUAACACUUCUAUUUUUGAAAGCAGCCUUACUUUAGAGCAUUUCUUCACCAUAAAUGCUUAAAGCUUUUGCAUAGAUUUGUAUAUAUAUGUAUAUGAAUAAAGCUGAUUAUCUCUU